AUGUCUUGGAAUUUCCACCUCCAGUCUAGCCCGCCGUCUACGCCUGGUAAAUCCCGCGAUCCUUUCGACGGUUUAUCCAGCACCCCGGCUGGGGCUCCACCAUCCGCAUCCAACUCCUUUGCGGCGCAUGACGGGCCUUCCGAUUUUGGGAGCUCUCGCAUGAGCUCCGGCUCCCUCUUCACGAAGUCGGGCCACAUGAACCUCAAUGACAAUGAUAGCAUCUUCGGCUCAUCUAUUAUGUCAAAUGAUUACCUGCCACCCCUACCCAAGAAAAUGACAACAACCGCAACGAAAUCCUCUGCAGCGUCGCAGUCCCUGUUCAGCAUCACAAAUGGCUCUCGCUUUGACGAAUCCACACGCUUUGGGCAGUCCAAUGGCUUUGCGGAUUCCCAGAUGGUUGCAGAGGGAGAUGAUAUCCUGACUGAGACAGAGGAUGAGGUAGUGGACAAGACGGGAAGCAGCCUGGGUGUGGGCAAGGCGAGCAAGAACGCUGGGGGCCGCUUCAGCUUUUUGGAUUCUCAGCUCGGUGACUCCAUCGCUCCGCAGCCUGUCUCGCUUGGUCAUCGCAAGUCUAUAUAUUCAAACCCAGGCAGCGCCAAGCGUCCGAAGCUCGAUGAGCGCUGGGCGGGUCAAGCACCUCUGCGCAAGGGAAAGUUGUCACCGAAGAAAGACUCCGCAAUGCCAUCUAUAGUUCGCAACUUAGCUCGCUCGCGGCUGACUACAGUGGAUGAGUCGAGUGACUUCGUUAUGAGCACGGAGGACGAGCUUUGCCGCAUGUACGACGAAGUCAGAAAAGCCGACUAUAAUGGCGCGGACUUCCGCACGGCCCUCUCGGAUGUUUGCAGUCGACUCGCAGAUGUGUGGAAGACAGCUACAGGACAGAGUGGUCCCUACCAAGAGUCAGACGGCAUUGGACCGGGCGACCAAGCCUCAAAUAUCGCCAAGGCAAGUUUUCUGGCUUCACUCCUUCUACAGCUGCAUCACCCCCCUCGGCCAUUUGAUCGACCCGGCCAAGUAAACCCCUUCGCAACGCGCAAUUUACUACUGGGUGGUCCUCGCACAACAUCACCGACACCUAUUCCCCGACUUCUCAUUGACUGGCUCGAUGCCAACCACAUCCCUCCUGCGUCGGAGUUGCAAGUCUUGAAGGCGUUUGAACCCAAUCCUACUGCAUCAUCAAGCUUCUGGGACUUGCUCAAUGCUGCUGUUCUCCGAGGUAGCCUUUCGACAGCCGUUGAACUUUUGCGAUCUGCCGAUUUCAACUACGCAAGAUCAGCGUUAGAAGAUGGCCUACCACAGGCGGGAUACCGCGGAACACAGCUGCAGAAUAUUCAGCGAUGCGUCAACAAGGCUCUUCAAAUCCUUGAGUCAUGUCCUGGUGUCUCACGCGAUGAUUGGGAUGUCAAGGGUACCGAAUGGGCUUUGUUCAGAAGACGGGUUUUGGCGGCAGUAACAGACCUGGAAGAUUUCGCUGAAGGCGAGGACAAGGCGUCGCCAGAACCCCCUGUUCAAGAAAACCGCUUCCAUGCUGUCAACUUUGGGCUGAAGGCGACUGCUCCCGCGCAAACGAUUUCCUUCACCCAGUCCGCACGCAUGGCUGAAAGCAAAGUACCCUGGGCGGUUUAUCAAAAUCUUCGGUCCAUGUAUCGUAUUCUGCUCGGUGAUGAAGAUGCCAUCAUGGAGAACUCACAAGACUGGCUCGAAGCCACCAUUUGCAUGACCGUGUGGUGGGGUGGUGACGAUGAUGACGAGGUCCCUAGUGACCUUCCGCCCACCAGCCUCAACCCUUUAUUUUCUCGCCCAGCAAGGAAUACGUCUCCUACCAGUGCGCAAGAUGCCUAUUUGCGUCGACUUGAUCUCGCUUUCGGUCAAGCCACAAGUGCGGAAGGCGAUGAUGCUAGUUUCCGUGUCAAUUCACUCAGUAGUCUCGAAGUUGGGCUGGCUUCUGUCUUCGAGGGCAACGUGGAAGGCGUGAUUGAGCUGCUUCAGACAUGGUCACUGUGUGUGUCGUGUGCCGUAGUCGAGGUCGCGUCAAUUGGGGGCUGGCUGAAUCCUAGAGCCACCAAAUCGAAAUCUAUGCCUGGCUUGAGCGAAGACGAUCUGAUGGUUUUGUCGUAUGGUCAAGGCCAAGGCACUGAAACGACCGGCCCUCGUGUGAACAAGAACGAUGUAAUCAGUGCCUAUGCAUCUGGCCUUUUUGAACGACAGUCAAUUGAAUGCCAAGAUGGUACUCGCAACGGUUGGGAGGUCGCUCUCGAGGUUCUGAGUCGCUUAGACGACAGGGGAAAGCUGCAAAAGAGUGUUUCGGAACUGCUGGAAAGAUUGCCGCUCAACACGGCGGAGGAAGUUGAUAAGGUGGUUAUGCUUUGUUCCGAGCUUGAUCUUGACAAUGAAGGGCGGAAGGUUUCAGAGCGUUUCGGUGAUGCUACCGUUGCUGAUUCAGAGGACUACGGUCUCGCUCUUCUGUGCUAUGCGCGCGCACAUAACCGCCGUAAGGUCAAGUCCGUGGUUGACCUGCUCAUUUCAUACAGUCUUGUGCAGUCUCGCGCUUAUCCUUCGUCGAAUGACCUUGAUGAGCAGCUCGAGUCUUUGAUUCGAGACCCUGGUCGUUGUCUGGCUGCCAUUGCAGGAUCCGACGAAGAUGCAGCCAGUAUCCUGCAAUACUACUUCUCUGGAUACGCAACGUUACGCCGAUAUUACGAAAUCCGCGACGAGGCAGUGAACCUGAAAGAAGGUCAACAACCUCGUUACAAGCCUCUUGCUAGACGGCGUGCGGCAGCCCAGGCUCUUGUGGCAGUCGUGAGCAGCGCUGCAGACAGCAUCUAUGGUGGCCUGUAUGACCCAGACCGUGACUCCGCCGUCCAAGUUGAUGGCCUCUUGACGCUAUUGGGCGAAGUCCUCCCGUUUGUUGACCAACCAACCCCCAUCCUCUCAGUCUCUCAACAAUUCACCAUUCUCUCCGCAAUCGAGGACCUCCAGACUGUCACUCCUCGCGUUUACGCCCAGUGCGAAGAAUGUUUCCGCUCCACCUUGAUUGAAUAUCAAUCCUCUAAGAACGCAAAUGCAUCCUCAUCAACCGACUCGUACAUCCUGCCUCCAUCGCCGCGUGCCAUGCUGAAAAAGUCCGUCUCCGCUCUCAAUGCCUCUAGCACCUUCUCCUUCAUUGGUAGCGAGAUGGUCGGAUCAGCACGCACGCUCUCAGGAUCCGGCUCAACCGGUAGCUCGGGUGUGCUUGUGCCCCGGUUGAACGCAGAGAAAGGCGCCGCAACCCACGACCGAGGCUGGGAUUGGCGUGCUGGCCUACCGGAUGAUGUCACGGGUGAAGAUAUCAUGCGGAUUCUGCGGCUGGGAUUGGCCCGAGGCGUGAGUUUCGGUGGACUCGGGUCGAUUUAG